UAAACUUCACUCAUGAACUCCGAUUCUAUUUACGGUGGCGAUUGAUCAAAUCCGGCGACGAUCAGAAAGUAAAUCCGGCGAGAGAGAAAACGUCGAAUCUUCAAGCAGCAUGCCUAUCUUCAAUCUAUUGGAUCCGAAUUCCAGAUAUAAUCUCCGGCCGUAGAUAUUUCCGAAGAAUCGGUUUCUGAUCUUACAAUCCUGACAUUCACGUACACUUUACACUUAUGAAGACACAAGACAAUCCGAGCCAGUCUCAGAGAGUCGCCUACGUCGGCCUCCUAGUCCUCUUGCUUCCAAUUUUCUCUCCCACACUCUUUCGUCCUUAUGGUCGUGCUUGGCCUUCCUUGUUCUCGGAAUGGAAUGCUCCAAAACCAAUGCAUUGGAGACUUAUGCAGGAUGCUUUACAACAGAAGACAUCACAAAGACAACAAAUCGAACUCUGGUCUCCCUUGCCUAACCAGGGAUGGAAACCAUGUCAUGAGUAUAAGCACAUUCCAAUAUUACCUGAAAAACCUCAGUCUUAUAUCCAAGUGUUUCUUGAUGGAGGUUUGAAUCAACAAAGGAUGGGGAUAUGUGAUGCAGUUGCCGUUGCUAAAAUCCUAAACGCAACCCUGGUAAUCCCAUUUUUUGAGGUCAAUCCUGUCUGGUUAGACAGCAGUACUUUUUCAGACAUAUUUGAUGUAGACCACUUUAUUAAUGUUCUCAAGGAUGAAGUUCAUAUAGUGAAAGAGCUACCUGAUAAAUAUUCUUGGAGUACCAGGGAGUAUUACGGGACAGGAAUUCGUCCAACUAGAAUUAAGACAGCUCCCGUUCAUGCAUCAGCCAGUUGGUACAUGGAAAAUGUUGUGCCCAUAUUGCAAAGUUAUGGGAUUGCUGCUAUAGCCCCCUUCUCUCACAGAUUGGCUUUUGAUAACCUACCUUCAGAAAUCCAGCAUCUUCGCUGUAAAGUCAAUUUUCAAGCACUAGUUUUUGUUCCCAAUAUAAAGAUGUUAGCUGAAACACUUAUCAGUAGCUUGAGGAGCCCUGUCAAGGGCACAGAAUCCACGAGCAAACAAGGAGUAGGAAAGUUUGUAGUGUUGCAUCUUCGCUUUGAUAAGGAUAUGGCAGCUCAUUCAGCUUGUGAUUUUCAUGGUGGGAAAGCUGAAAGACUGGCUCUUGCAAAAUAUCGACAAGUGCUCUGGCAGGGAAGAGUGCUUAACUCUCAGUUCACCGAUGAAGAGUUGAGAAGUCAGGGUCGUUGCCCAUUGACUCCUGAAGAGAUUGGACUGCUACUAAUUGCCUUGGGAUUCAAUAAUGAUACCCGCCUCUAUUUAGCUUCUCACAAGGUGUACGGGGGAGAAGCAAGGCUCUCUUCGUUACGUAAAUUAUUCCCACUAAUUGAAGACAAGAAAAGUCUCACGACUGACGAAGAACUGGCCACAGUUGAAGGAAAAUCUUCUUUAUUAGCUGCAGUUGACUAUUAUGUGGGUAUGCAUAGCGACAUCUUCAUCUCAGCCUCUCCAGGAAACAUGCACAAUGCCAUGCUAGGAUAUCGAGCAUACAUGAACAUGAAGAGUAUUAGGCCGAACAUGGUUUUGUUGGGUAAGCUCUUUCUAAAUAAAACCAUUGAGUGGUCGGAUUUUGAGAAGAGCGUGCAAGAUGGGCAUAAGAACAGGCAAGGGCAAACCAGAUUACGAAAGGAGAAGCAGUCCAUCUACACUUAUCCUGUCCCCGAUUGCAUGUGUUCGGCUUUUCAGCUUAAAGACAUAUUGUUCAAGUAAGAUUGACAUUUUUGGUAGCUUAUUCCAUUCAAUUUCUUCAUUUUUGGUUUUGGAGAAGUCAUUAGAAAAUGUUAUAAUAAAGGUUGUGGAAGAACAUCCUCUAAUGGCUAUGAUGACUGCAAGCCUGUAUAUGUUUCUGUAGUUUAUAAUUCAGAUGUUUAAAAUAGAGAUCUUAUAUGUGUCUUUGUGUGGAACAAAACAAACCCUAACUUAAACACUUGUUUGAUUUGAAAGCAAUGUAAAAUAACGCGUUUCAUU